AUGCUUGGUGAUCAAGACAGAAACAGCUUGCUUGAAACUGUCGUAUUUCGACCAUUAUAUAUGCGGAAAUGGUUCGGUUAUCCAAGAACAACGUCUGCUAGUGAUAAUGUAAACGACAAUAAUUUUGCUUCUGUUGAUGAACGAAGUACCACCAUCAUUUCAUCCUCUUCAUAUAUCUUCGAAAGACUGAAGGAAUUUUACGCUGAUGAAAAUAUGAAUUUUGAGAAAUGGAUAACGUUAAAGGGCAUGAAAGUGGCAUUUUUUAGUCAAACUGUACUUGGUGUAAUCACAAAGAUGAUUUCAACGAAGGCUAAUCAACAAAAUAUGAGUUUUCCGAACAGUGAUGUCAGUGAUGGAUUGAGGAAGUGUUUAACAAAAAGCAUCUUUAGCGGCGCUGUUAUGGCCGUCAACAUUGCAUGCAUAAUGAUAUCUAUAACACAUUUUACAGUAUGGCGUGAGCAUUUUUCGCUUUGGAUUGUUCCGUGCGCUACGACUGUUAUCCCAACUAUAUUCAGUUACUCUUUGGGUGUGAAGCCGUUGCAAGCAGUGAAAGGUGGACUAAUGCUAGGAGCGUUAUCAUCAUUGGCAAUUGUUAUUGCUUCUCAAAUUUACAAAUUAUCAAUCGAUGAAACAUAUCAAUACCUUAAGAAUAGUAUUGAAAUCGGAUUGAGGAAAGAAAAAGAAAGCGAAUUGUACAGAUUCAUGAAAGAGCAUCAUAUUCAUAGCAAAUGGUUCGGGAAAUGGAUGUUGAAUAGAAGUCGUAUAAAUGAAGAUAUUGAUGAUUAA